AUGGAUCUCCCUACAACCACAAUGCCCUCCGGUCUCUUUCGUUUCUCCGCCGAGCUCCCCUCUUUCUCGGAUCCUCCUUUGGAUUCCGAUGAGUUGUUUCUUCUUCCGCCGGAGCUUUCUCCGGUGAGAUCUAGUCUAUUUUUUUCAUCUUCUCUCUGGUCAGUUGUCUUCUCCAUUGUGUUAUUGAUGAGUGUGGCGGAACUUUUGAGGACUGAGUUCUCCUCCCCUCUUCUCAUGCCGUCGGAGGCGCCAGCUUGGGAGAUGGCUGUUUGUGCGCCGAUACCUUCUCACCUCUGGAUGAGUAUCUUGCCGUCCUUACCGGAACCUCCUCCAGAGCCUCCAGAUCCUCCUUAUUUCUGGUACCACUUGAUUUCUCUGCUUGAUUCUCAGUAG